UAUAAAAAAAACAGUUAAACAUUGGAAAGUCAUGAUACAUGUAAUCAAAAGUUAGGUUAUAUAAUAAUUUAAAGAACGACGACUGCAUACCUGUGGAUCAACCUACUUCCCUAAUGUUAUGUGUUUAAUGAACCAGGUAGCCUGUUUCUCAAGUUGCGUCUCUGUCUCCUCUAGGUAGCCGCUGGGCCGCCAUCUUCGGAGGGCGGCCAUGUUCAGUCAGCCAGUUAAUAGCUUGUGUUUGUUUUCGUCAGCAGUUUAUUUUCUUUACAGACGAUCUGAGAGAUCAGGAAUCAAAGAUUCGAUAAGAGAUUCAUGAGUCCAGGUGGGCGAUGACAUCAUGAGUCGGUGGCGUCGUUCGGUGGAUGAGCUGGCGGCGAGGCGGCGGCAGCAGGGCGAGUGUGAGCGCGCUCAGGAGGCUCUCAGUCGGGUCACUUCCUGUUUCCAGCAGCUGGCAGCGUCGCUCGGCAGCUCGGCGGACUGCAGCUUCCUGCGAGACGAGAUGGACGAGACGAGAGCGCUCGCACACCGAAUCUGCAGCGGUCUGUCCCGGCGUCUGGUGCGUCUGCUGUCAGACUGUGACUCUGCCCCCUCAGGUGUGGAGGACAGACAGGUGUCAGAGCGUCUGUGGGUUCUCUUCCUGUCGGUGUUAGAGAACUUCCUGUCUGACCUCAGUAAGGCCUGCGACCUGAUUGGACGGUUCCCUCUGACCCAGCGCUACGAUAGACGCUCGCUGGUCAACACAGGAUGUACUGAUGGCGUGGUGGGUGUGGCAGCUCGAGUGGCUUCAGUCCAGGCGCCAUGGCUCACCUUGGAGGAGGGGGGGCGCCCGGAUCUGACCAAUCACAUUGCAGAAGUGGAGGCCAUGCUGAGUGAGAUGCAGCUGAGGGUUCCCGUUGCGUUCUGGUCGGUGGAGGCGACCCAGCCAGCGUGGGCCGAAGCCACAGGUGAACUGGAUGAGCCGGACGACAGCCUGGAGGACCUGAUGGAGGUCGAGGUCGUCUCCAACAACAACAAGACGGCCGCCCGCUGCCAGCCGCCGUGCUGCGGACUGGGCUGCGUCGGGUAGAGUCGCGGCUCAGACCGCUGACAUCACCUCGAUCGCACCGCUGUGACACACCUGACAACAUGCUCACGUCUGUUUGAAUAACAAAUGUUACACAAAUAAACUUCAACAAAACUGA